UUUGUGCAGCCGAACUGUUUUCUCACGUACCGGAAGUUGUCAGGGUGACAUUUAGAACAGGUUAAAAACGAAGGCAUGGUUGUGAAUAUGUUGUGAGACCCUUUGCACCUUUAUUUUGUGUGUAGUUUUUAUAUUUAUGUGUAAGUGUAUAUAUUAAAGAGCAAGAUGUUGGCGUGGAGCAGUAGGUGUCUGCUUCAUCGGGGUCCUCGGCUCAUUUCUCUCCGAGCAGCAGCUGAAAGUCCUGCCCAUUUGGUGGGGUGUUUUAGGACAGUAAAUACCACAAUAAGGUUUGAUGAACACCUCACAGAGGACAACCAGGAGUACAUGAGGAAGAGCAUGGCAGAGGAAUACAGGAAACAAACGACUGACAAGCUCAACCCGCUCAAAGAUGAGCCCUGGCCGCGUCAUGAGUGGACAGAGGGUAGUCAAAGAGUUGGGUUAGUAGCCGUGAAGUUGGGGAUGGCUCCUAUCUGGAUGAAAACGGGAGAAAAACAUGCAGUCACCAUGUUACAGGUGCAGGACUGCCACGUAUUAAAGUACAUGUCCAAGGAAGACAUGAACGGUCACAGCGCUGCCCUCUUGGUAGGAGGGAAAAACGUAUCACCUUUCUAUAGGUCUGAUGAGGAAAUGGAGAUGUUCAGGAAUGCAGGGGUGCCUCCGAAACAAAAAGUAACCACCUUUAAAGUCUCAGACAACGGCAUCAUCAAGCCAGGCACUCCUCUGUUUGCAGCACAUUUCCGUCCAGGCCAAUAUGUGGACGUCACAGCCAAAACCAUUGGUAAAGGUUUUCAAGGCGUAAUGAAGCGAUGGGGGUUCAAAGGCCAGCCAGCCACCCACGGCCAAACCAAAACACAUCGCAGACCGGGAUCUUCUGGACCUGUGGAUGCAGCCAAAGUUUUCAAAGGGAAGAAGAUGCCCGGCAUGAUGGGCGACGUCUACAUCACAGCUCAUGGGCUAAAGAUAUGGAGGGUCAAUACCAAGUAUAAUGUGCUGUAUGUUCAAGGCUCUGUCCCCGGCCACAAGAACUGCGUAUUGAAGGUCCGAGAUACUGUGCUGCCAAACAGGAAGUCCAGCCUGCGCAGCCUUCCUUUCCCUACCUAUUUCACAGAAGAGGAAGGCGACCUGGAUGAAGACCUGUACGAGGAUAACGUGUUCAUUCACACAGACCAAUCAUUAUCACUGACCUAACCACACACACACCAUGUUUUCAUCUAAACCCAUACAUUUUGUCUGGAUCCUGCAAUAAAGAGUAAUUCCUUUGAGCGUC